GAUAUCCAACCGGAACUUCUUUUGGGCUUUGUCGAUUCGUUUUGAUGGCAAAAAUUGAUUUUCUUCGGUUUCGCAGUUGUUCGAUUCGAAUAGAAGUACUGUACUCUACUCUUACUGUGCUUUGGAAGAUACCCGGACUCCCACUCUUCCCAGUCCGCGUCUACCAUGCCCCUUUCGAGCACCCACGACACGACGACGACGACUACGACGACGACGACGAGUACCCGCUACGGGGCAGACACCGCCGGCUCCCAAACGAAAUCCUUGUCCACCCUCCCGGAAUCCCCCGAAGCGUCCCGCGGGUCCCUCGCUUUCGCCACCUCCCGGCUCGUAGCGGGCCGGUGGCAGCAAGGGGAACCGGGAACGUCGAUCCACCCCGUCCUCUGCUCCGAGGUUCCCCUCAGCUUCUGGGGGGGAAUCGACGAGCGCACGGGGGUCGUCAUCGAUUCGUCCCACCCGCUGUGCGGCCUCGACACCUCCGGAUCGAUCCUGGUCCUCCCCUCCGGGAGGGGCUCGUGCACGGCCUCGCAGGUCCUCCUGGAGCUCAUCCUGAACCGGAAGGCCCCCCGGGCACUGGUCCUCCGGGACCGCGACGGGCUGGUCUGCGUCGGAGCCCUGGUGGCGGCGUUUGCUCUGCCCAACGACAGCGAAGCGGGCAGCGGCGGGCGGGUUCCGAUCCCGGACGUGCUGCGGGUGGAGGAUGGCCCGCAAACCGGGGACGCUUCUGGCCCCGCCGCGUCUUUUGGCGCCCUGGUCGAUUCCCGGCCGGGCUACGGCAGCGUCCUCCCGGACGGGGGCCUCGUGCUGGGCCGGACCGAAGAAGAGGUGGAGGAAAAACUCCACCGCCUGUCGCUCUCCCGGAAAGGCCACGCGGACCAGGGAGACGGCGGCGACAAUAAAAACGACGACGACGACAACGACGACGACAAUCGCUUCGGGGCCUCUGGCUUUGCCUUGUCCCCAGAGGAGCGACGGAUGCUGGACGACAGCUCGACCGACGCCGAACGCAGGGCCGUCGAGGUUCUGAUCCGCUACGCCCGCAUCUUGGCACCGGAUCCCUCGUCCCCGCCGGCCUACGCCGACGCGAAAAAGGCGCACAUCGACGGGUGCACCUACAUCGGGCCGGGCGGCCUGCGCUUCGUCGAGGGCCUGGUGGAGGGCGGGGGCCGCGUAAGGGUGCCGACCACGCUCAAUUCCGUCUCGACCGACCUGGGCCACUGGGAGGCCCUGGGGAUCGAGGACGACCCCUCGAACCGGAACUCGAUCCGCCAGGCGGAGGCCUACGUCGCGCUGGGCUGCUCGCCGGAGAGCUUCACGUGCGCCCCCUACCUGCUCGGGGGAAGGGGGUCCACCGCCGUUCCGGAGCGGGGCGAACAGAUCGUCUGGGGAGAGUCCAAUGCGGUGAUCUAUGCCAACUCCGUGCUCGGGGCACGGACGGAAAAAUACGCCGACUACCUCGACAUCUGCUGCGCCAUUGCGGGGAAGCUUCCGCUGAUGGGGGUCCACCUGGACGGGCCCCGGAGGCCCACCGUGGUGCUCGAGAUCGAAGAGGGCGCACUGGAUCCGGAACUCGGAGGGGGUUCCCGCCAAGGCCACGACGCCGAAGCCGACGACGCCGAGGCCUCUUUUUCGUUGCUCUUCCCCGUCCUGGGCCACCUGUGCGGAAGCCUGUCGGACGGGGAGGUCCCAUUGCUGGUGGGCCUGGAGCCCUGGGCGGAACGGGUCACUGGGGACCACCUCAAGGCCUUCUGCGCCGCCUUUGGGACCACCGCUUCGUCGCCGCUGAUCCACGUCGCGGGGAUCACCCCGGAAGCCCGAGGGGCCGGCGUGGAGGAAUGGAUCGCAUCGGCCGGGCGCUUCGAGACAAUCACGGCCGACCGGCUUGGAGAAACCUUCGAUCUGCUGGACCAGCGCAACCACCCCGGGAGCAGCGAGCCCGAAACGGUGGACCUGGUGGCCCUGGGAAACCCCCACCUCUCGCUCCCGGAAGUCGACGAGCUGCUCCGGCUGGUAGAAGACCGGGCCGGCACGGAGAAGCGGGGCGGCGCCAGGAUCCUGGCCUGCAUCUCCCGGGCGCUCUACGACCGGUCGCCGAGCGUGAAACCGCUGGAGGACCACGGCGUCACCUUUGUUCGAGACACGUGCUGGUGGGUCUUGUGUUUGUGCGCUAGGCCUUUCCCUCUUUCGACGAACCCCGGUGUCUUCCACCGGUUGGGUGGAGACUCUCUUUGAUUUCGUCCCCCUGCUCAUUUCUGCUGCCUCCGUUGCUUUUUUCCAGGUGCAUGCUGCUCGAUCCCCCGAUGAUUCCGUCCGAUCCAGACGCCACAAUUUUGACCAACUCGGGAAAGUAUGCGCACUACGGUAAGCAAAGAACAACACCGCACAGCACAGCACCGCAAAACGAAACGAAACGAACAAACACAGGAAUGAUUUUUUACGGCGGAUGGACCAAGGAUGUCGCCGACUCACACACGCACAAACACAAACACGUUUUCGUUUCGUUUCUUUUUCUUUUCUUUUGCUUCGUUGGUUGGUUCGAAAACGAACAAUGCACGGAACCCGCAGGCCCCGGCCUGACGGGCCGGAGGUUUCGGCUCGGGACCAUGAAGGAUUGCGUGGGUGCCGCAUGGACCGGAACCCUACCGAGGAAAUCCCACGCCCGCGACGUGCCCUGGAGAAGGACCGGGCGUCGAUCGUUUUCGUCGGCGGCCACCGGUGCGUUCCAAAAACAACGGGGGAUGCCGCUGGGGCCGGGCCGUUGCGGCUUGGUCCAACGCGCACUGAAACUCUUGCGAUGACAUUCCCGUAUGCGGAGCUAGAACACACCAC